UCUCCUGACUUCCCCCGCCAACCGCGCGCCGUUCGGAACCGAGUCAUGAAGGUCGUGAUCCUGUUGUUUGCGCUCAUCGCAGCGACUGCUGCAGGCACGUGGCCAAUCACGUAUACUUCUCUACAGAGCGACCAGCAAGGGGAAAUCCAUUCGGAGAGUGGCCAUACGAUAUACACCUACGAGUCGUCAGACGGGACGAAGGUCUUCGAGCAAGGCAUCCUGAAGCCGAAUGCGGACGGAACAGGCAGCGUGCUGGUGAAGAAGGGCAGCGUGGAGUACACCAGCCCGGAGGGCAAGCCCAUCAAGAUGUUGUACGUCGCAGACGAGAAAGGGACCCAGAUUACGUCCGACGACGUUCCUGUACCGCUGUUCAACCCCAACGCGUUCAACGACGGAUGGGUAGAGAUAUAGAGCCAGCAGAAAUUGUCACAAAGUUAUUGUUACAUGUACCGUGUAUCCUGGUCACGGACGGAGCAAUAAACUAAAAUCAAACAUGAGCAUCAUGUUGCAAAAAAAUUUUUUUUUUCACCAGCAAAUCAC